AUGGGACCCAGUGGCAAGGACGGAAUCAGCAGCAUUCUCUUGGCAGCCCCCGAGUACGACAAUAACUUUGAUCUUUGGUCGGGCCCAAUCUUUGCCAUGCUCGAGACUGGGGUUGUGGCGUGUCGGUUGCAAAAACAAGUGGGAGUGGUUUGCUUUCAUCCCAUGUAUGCGACACCCGAUGGGUCGUCGUUCCCUGGUUUUGGGCACAUGCAUUCGGUUCCUCGAUUGAAAAAAUGGCUGCAAGAGCAGGAUCCAUCGCUACUUUUGACGGAUGAAGAAAUUGCGGCGGGGGGUUCCUGGCAAAGACGGACGCCUCAUGCGACCAUCAAUGUCCUAAGGGCGGACCAGUUGGAAGCCGCAGAAGGACGUCGUACCACGGGAGAGCUGUAUAGCGAGAAUAUUCGAAAACUGGUCGGACCGGG